AGUCAAGAUUCACGUAAUUCGCGGUGGGAACGUACACAAAGCAAAUUUUAAAUUUUUCCCGUUGAGCAGAUCUCAGAUUGGCAAAAUUGCGCCGCUCAAAGCAGUGGUAUAAAAGCAAUAUCAUUUGAAAACACACUGACGGAGAAUUUACGCUUAAAAAAUGCGGGCGUUCUGUGGAGCGAUUUCUUUAGUCGUCCAGGUGUGCGUUGAUUCUGGUUUAAGAACAGUUAGAGUUCAUUGGCUGUGGAGACAUAUAUAGCUACAGUUCUUCUAACUUCUUUUUUGUUGCAUACAUAGGGCCUGUUGUUGGUGUUUACUGCCCUCGUUGCUUGCAACACUGUUGGUAAGUCCCAGUUUCUUUAUUACCUCGAUAUUAUCGGCGUAUCAUAUGUAUACCAUAAAGCCGGUUCGUUUAGGAAGUUAACUCGAAAUAUGCUUAUUCACAGGAAAAUUCUGACAGAUAGUGAAUUCAGUCGUUUUCUGCUACCAGUUGUCUGAUUGAAUUAACGACAACGAAGCCAUCAGAAGUGCCUACGGCAAAUUUAUUUUUGUUAUUAAACUCGUAGACUUAUUUUGAAUAUUCUGAUAAAAAAAAAAAAGAAGAAAAGAUGCACGCUUUCGAUAUUUUCCCACUCUCUAGCAGUUAGUUAUCAAUGGAAUGUUCGGCACGGCUGAGAUUAAAAAAAAGAAAAAAGUCAUUUUGUAAUGAAAGGUUCAGCUCCAUGUUUGCUUCAUUUAUUGAACAAUUUAUUUGCUUAACUAUGUGUAUAAUCAUUGACUAUAAAGCUAAAGGGAAUAAGACACAUUUGUCAUAAAAAUAUCCUCCCACGCUUGCAAAAAAAGAAUCAUCGACGAAUCAGAAGUCACCAUAAAACGAGCCUCGGAUUUGAUUAAGUCACUACGAAAUUGCAUCUAAAUAACCAAAAACGUAUUUUAAUUUUAUUGCUUUAAUCUUUUGAAAACCGAGCUAUUUUUCUGUUUAAAAUGUUUUCCGUAUUAUUACCCUCCGAGGAAUGUUUUCGUCACUAUUAUAUCAAUUUAUUCGUCCCAUACUUCUGUAAUUGCGAAUUUACGUAAUUUAAUGCGACAAUGCGUUAAUUCAAGGCAUUUACCGCACGAUAACCUUUCCAAGAUUACAAGGAAAUGCUAAAGAAGGUAUUUCCACACGCUACUUUUUAUUCCUUAGAUAAAAUAUAAGUCAAUAAGUGCUAGUCGCGAGAGACUCAAGAUUAAAGGAUGUGAAAAGUUUGCCUCAGUUAUAAACAACCUGUACAUACUUUUCAAGCUAUUAUGUCUCCCUGGAAAGUGUUUUAACUGAACACGCGAGAAAAAUACCAAAGAAAUUAAUCAUUUUUCUUCGAUUCCCAAAUUUUAAUCGAGAAGAAAAAAAACAUGUUAUCAUGGUAGUUGCUGGAUGAGGUAGAGUGAAAUCGGAUCCACCAGCAAGAAAAUUAGGUAAUGGAUCAGUUUUUAUUUGACUAUUGAUGGCACAUAUUUCUACGUACUUAGUGUUUGUUUACGAAUCAAGCGUAUAUUGCGCAUGCUUCUCGUAAGCAGAAGUCUCUAUAUUACUUGCUAUGUUUAACUUCUUAAUUACACUUUCCUACGACCCCGACCAACUGAUAUAGGCCCUCUCGCUGCAGUUUCUGAGUAUUGCGGGUCUGAAUGUUGGCAAAGGAGUGUUUUUGAAGUGGAUUAAAACAUGUGCAACUCAGGGGCGCCCAAUACUCUUGAUAAUGUCAAACAACUUGGUGUAAUAAAUAUAAUGGCUGGUUAAGCGUUCAAGUACAUUCUGUAACGUGGUUAUGGUAUGAUGAAAUUGAAAAGAAAGGCGGAAACGUAUAAAGCCAGUUUGAUUUACACUACCCUGUCAUCAUUAGCUGAAUGGACCGGACAUUCUUCAAGGUGUAUAGCAGCACAAUUGACGUCGUCCUUCAUGCCUUAUCGCAUACAGUCAAACGCAAAAAUAAAAUAUUUGAAUAGCUUAAAUUGUAAUGGGUUUCUUUUGUCUCCUUAAUCUGACGCAAGAUUGUACUGCAACUUCAGCUCCUCAGCUCUGAAAUUCUGGUUAAGGUUCCUUUUUUUUUCUCAAUUUUCAUAUGGCUACAAACUCCCUUUGUAGUUGCAUGUGUUCUGCGAGAUUCACUCACCGCUUACUUCAAUACAGAUUUUUAUCGACCCAGCAAUAUUUUUUCAAGUGUAAAAAGCGGAAAAAAAAAAAACAUCUUGGCCAACAACGAAUGUCCAGCUCAUAAUAAAUGAAGUGUAAGUGCAUUGUUAAUGACAAGCUUUUUGAAAGUAUGAUUUUAAAAGGGAAAAAGGUAUCAUUGAAAAUUACAUUUUAAAAGAGAAACGAAACUAAUGUCAUUAUGGAUUAUAAAUAGAUCGUAUAGAUAUAGAAUAGUCUGAUAAAUGCUGUUAUGAUCUUAUCUUUAUAUUACAGUAUAUGACAACAAGACAAUUUAGUCUAACACUUUCUUUAGCAAUUUACAGUGACCAAACUAUCAUUCGUCACUUUUUUUUCUCACCAAACUAUUACACACAUUUGCUUUCGACAGGCACUUAAGUGCAAGUAACAGCUAUAAGACCCGUCGUGUUAAUUUUUUUUUUCUUGGUCGCCAAAAAGCAAGUUGUCGUUAUAAAAAUGCCAAACCGAAAAAUUAAUAAUAACUAUAAAUAAUAAUAAUGAUCACAAAAAAAAAGUUCAGCCGUAACCUUUUGGGUGACAGCAGUUGACUUUAACACUUUUGCUACAUUAGUUUCUUCACUGAAAUAAAGAGAACGCAAAACUCAACGGUCCUUUUCCGUUCUUUCUUUUCGGCUCUGCGAACUUGAUCAAGUUAAGUUAUUUCUUUCUGCUUAUGAAUUGUUAGAAAUUCAAAGUAAUUAACACAGAGGAGAGCGCGUACUGCUAAUGCGUUAACCAGAUUUCUAAAUUGUCUUUUAAUUUAAGCAGUCGAAUCGCAAUAAAUGUACCGUUUCUGAUUUUUUUAUACGGUUAUCGUAUCUCCAAAUUUUUAUUGCGUGGUAGCAAAUAAUCGAUACUAGAUUGCAUUUUCGGACUCUGAUAGGAGAAUUUGGCAGGAAAAACAUUCGUAACAUUUCGAAUCUUUAAUCCAAGCAGCCGUUUUGCAAUGCAGAUCAGUGGAAUACGCUUAUAACUCAGUUUGUACGUGCUUGGUAACAGAUGAAUGGAAGUUUUGAGGUUGUCCUAUAAAUUAUAAAUUAUUUCAAUUUUGUCAAGAAACAUUUCAGGCCGUUUAUUGCUUUUUUCCUCCAACCAUAUAGACAAUGACGUUGUUUGAACGUUGUUGAAUACAAGUCCUUUACCAUCGUCAUUUAGUUUUAAAAUCCUAGAAAACUUGCUUCUGGUUAUACGGUUGCCAAGCGAGGGAUUUCAGUCGCAUUUUAUUUAUCUGAACAAAUUAAAACCAUAGAAAAUCGUCACUUUCAUCUGACGAUGUAAGUGGCUUCUGUCCAUAUUCACUUAACAGUAAUUUAUAACAGAAGUACAGCCCAGUACUAAGCCGGUAUUGCAGGUAUAUCAUAGGAUUACAUAUCAUAGGCGUAUUACAAAUAAUUGUGAAAAACGUAUCAACCGUUCCAAGAUAUCUGAAAGAAAAACAAAAAUGCAGUAAAAAUGCAAAGUAAAUGUUCCGUUGGAAAUGCGUAGCGACAUAAAAAGCAUACAUAACUGACUCGAGAACUGGCCGUGAAUGAGACGUUCCCGCUGGUCGCCAGAGGCUAGGAGGAACCAUAUCAAUAUAUAUUGAUAUGUUGUAAACAAGUGAUUCGGUGAUAUGACUAAAGAUAGAAGAAAAGCGACGGGCAGCAAAAAAGGGGCAAGCAUAAACAUUAUCAACGUUGGUUCGCAAGGUAGCCUCUUUGAACGUGUCAGUACAGGAUCUAGAGUAAAGCCGGAUCAUGUGACCUUUUUGAGUCUUCUCAUUAUCGCCAUAUUUAUUUUAAUUAUUGGUGUUAUGAAACCGCGCGGCAUUUCUCUUCAAAACUCUCUGGACAAAGUAAAGUGGAUAUUAGCCAAAUAUUGCCAAACAAGGGCUCACGCACGCAAGCACACACAACCAUUAGCAAAUGACUGAUAUCUGCAUGACUGUCUGACUGUCUUGCUGCGGCCAUUUCUUAAAAACGGAGCUAAACUAGCCAAAAAAAGACAUUAUUUUGGGGGCUUGAUAGCUAUAUCAAAAAGCACAUUGACUUGGUACGUGGUAUGAUUUUAGGUGAAUGUAACAAGGCGCUUUCAAGAUAAUUGAAAUAUUGGCUGAAUUUACUACUUUAACUCACUGGGAUACAUUUUAUAUUAUUCAAUGAAACUUGUCAAAGAAUCUGUAAGGGACUAACAAUGAUCCUACCACUUUAAAUGAAUAGAACAGUACUUAACAGGUUUUCACUUAACAAAUUAACAUUCUUCACGCAAAGAAGUGAGGUCCGUUAUUUAUUCAACUUCUAGUUUAUAGGGUUAAAAAAUUUUACGAGAAAAUAUUCGAAAAACGUUAGAGAGAUUUUUGCGGGCAAUCUAUAUGUUAUCUUUUUGGAAAACUAUACGAGUUCAGUAGACAGUUAAUAACAAAAUGACGGGAAGUUGCUAAAAAUGGGUCGGACUCACUUGAAGUCAUGUUCAGUGUUGCCCUUUUCCGUUCCAAACAAUAUAGCCGUUUUUUUUUUUUUUUUUUUUUAAAUCACUUCGAAACAGAAGGGCAGAUAUGGUGUAGAAUAAAGACACGUUUCCAAUAUUUCAACUUUGGUAUGUGCGGUUUCUGAGAAAAAUUGCCGAGACUGUCACUGUGCAAAUGCCUAUAAAAAACGAAUUCAGUUACCCAGUUAGACACCUACUUAUGUUAAAAGCGUUCCAGCACAUCACAUUUUCCGCAAAACUUGGUCGAGUCGAAUCAGUUUCUGCAGUUUUAGUGCAAUCUAUGUAUAUAAACUUAUGGAAAAGUCAAACAACAUUGAUAGCCACAAAAAACCGAAUGCAGGAAAUACUGAAGGAGAGCGAAAUUUCUAUCACUUAAAAUUCUUAAACUUGAGAUGCUUGGAAAUUUCUAGACACGUUUUAUUUGGCCCACCUUCAGCCGCCACAAAUACUACAAGGCUAGCGUUGAUAUAUAAGCAAAUAGGAGCUUCUAUUUCCCGCCAAAAUUGGAGCUGAAAUGUUGUAUUAAUAAGACAUAUUUUCUUGUUGCACAAGGGGUUUCAUAAGAGCCACCUCAAAAUAUUAAACAAGGACGUUCCAACCCCCCUCCCUCCCCCCCCAAAAAAGAAAAUGUCUUCAUUUUUUAUCAUUCAUCUUGUUAUAGCGAUAGAAUAACUGAGUAAAGAUAUAUAAGUUUUCAACAAGUAUCAAGUUCUUUGGUCACAUUAAGAGACACGAUUGAGUGUGAAAGACUGUUCUGGAAAGACAAUUACCUGUGGAAAGAUCACGAGGUAGGCCGAAAAGGAGAUAGGAAAUUGCGUCAACGAUUGGCUUACAUACACCACGAAUGAGGCUGGGAGAUUAGUAAAGAAUCGCGUUUUGUACCGAGCUGCCGUGAAUGGCACAACGCCGAUCAAAGGAGGAUAUGUUACCAUUCAAUUCAAUUGAAUAUUCUGCCAGAAAUAAGGUUUUUGCUAUUCAUUUAAGGCCUAGUAACAAUCAUCCAGUUGGCAACUAUAUACUAAAUUUCUCCUCUCGCCUUUCAUUACAUUUCGAUAUUCAGACGCACUUAAAAUAUUACCCGCCGGUGAAGCUUGGAGACUAGUACACUGAAAGGAUCACUGGAGUUCUUAAAAAACGAAAUCUUAGUAAACAUGUGGACAAAACUGAGCUGGCAAAUCGAUGAGAGAUGAUUAUUGAUAAUGUGUCAACGAAAGCGUUCGGUUCAUUCAUAUUUGAAUGAAUCAGAUUGACUAAUAUUGCCACAAUACCGAUCGAGUUGCUUUAAAUAUACUUAGAUGCAUUAGCAUUUUUAGCGUAUUUGUAGUAACAUUGUUGUUUCUGUGAAUUACACAUACAAUAUACGCAACAGGGCCACAACAGUGAAAUUUCUGUAAAUGGAAAAGUAGUACAGGGUUAAUAUUGAGAGAAAUGGAUACAUUUGACGUGUUAGGUGAAGCCGUCUGAUAACCUAAUUGCGAAGUUUCGAUUUUUACGAGAUGACGUUCAUGGAUUCUAAAAUGUUUUGUCUUCUAAUAGCCCUGAUCUAAUAGCAAGGAUCGACGAGCCAAAAACAAUGUUUCACCAAGUAAGUAGCUUGUUAUAAUAGUUUGGCUAUUUUCUACUAAGCAAAUAAUAUCAACGGUCGAUUCCUUGUGUGUCUUACGGUUCUACACAAAGGAGAAUUUUGCUCAAUUUUUUCAUGCGAAGGCAGAACUAAUUAAGAUGGUCGACAUGAGACGGCUUGCGCUGAGGCAUAAUUAUUCAUAGUCGUUGUCUAUUUUUGGCAGGGUUUUGUUUAAAAUAUUUCAGGUAUGGUACUCAGAGAUUUGGUUCUUGAACGAAACUUAACCAUAUAAGCCAGUAUAAGUAAUUGAAGAAUUUUUAAGUGGCGAGUUUAUGAUGGUAAUUUAACCAAGACUACAUCAUAACGUUCCUUAGAAACGUGAAAUAACCUUGCUUCCGUCUCAAGUGCCAGAGAAGUGCGGUCAAGGCUUCCAUAUUUUGUUCAAGAGGCUGGUCCAACUGAAGAAAUCAUUCUUGAAAGUCAGGUACCAUUAAAUUUCAAGAGUCAGAUUAUAAUCACGCAAGCAAAGUGAAAUAUUCACUCGAUCUCGCUGCAAGAAUCGAUAUUGCCAUCAAUAAUAUCCAACCGGAAUGGAUACAGAUAACUAAAAUAAAGAAAGGCCAUCAAGCCAGUCUUUAAUCCUCAAAUUAUCUGAGCUUUCAGGCUAUAGGAUUGUGCCACAAGGCUCAACAACGUCAGUGGUUUUGUAGACCAGUUGGUAGAACAUCCACCUGUCCAGUAACGUGGUGAUCGUUUGUUCGACGAUUUCACGUUAAAGCUUUAUUUCCGUUUUUUGUAUAAAUUAAAGUUUGAGUCUGGUCACUAUUGCAGACUGCCUAGUAACUUCCUUGUACCAUUGUAAAAGCCAUUUCAUGACAACCUGUUAGGGUAAAAUUUUGACAAGCGACGUGGCUUCGAACAGCCUGUGUACAGACGUUCCCCCUGAGGGAGGGGGACGUCUGUACACAGGCUAGGCUUCGAACAGAAACAAUGACAACAAAGGACAACAAAGAUGAGCUGAAACUACAACAUCAACGAAUCGAAGCCAAGCUCAAAAAGAAUAGUAAAUUACGUAGCUUCCUCAUCACGCAAAAUGACGGGUCUUGCACAAUUCAGACCAGGGACAUACAAACCCACCCGAAGAGGGCCACUUUUUGGAUCAUUUUACGUUUCUGUGAAACUACCCACCUACCCCUCCUCUAAGUUAACAUUGACACUUACUUCUCACUUAGAGCAAAAUGUUGGCUUAGGUAAGGGGUAGGUGGGCAGUUUCGCUGAAACGUAAAAUGAUCCCACUUUUUGUGUCUUACAAAUAUUUGGCUACAUUUGAACGCUAAAAACUGGGACAUGCAUGUACUGCAGUAAUGUCUGACGUUUGAAGCCACGCGUCUCUUUAUUAAUUUCUAUGUUGCGUGUGUCAACUCAAACGAAACCUCCUAAGCAGUGCUUUUGCAUGACGCUUAUUAUUUUAAAGUAAUGUCCAAAAUGAGAAUUGGGUUUUGCUAGAAUUCUAAUUGAUUGGGUACCCUUAAAAGUUAAAUUCAAGUGUGACAUUGCAGUUAUUUCAGGAGCUUAUCUGAUUCUGUAAACCUUUACAUUUAUAGCAAAAUAUUUUUAUUUAUGCUCCUAAAAAAGUUUAUAAGCGACUGAGUGAAAUAAGGAAUCAAUUUAACAACUUAUUUCAUGCUUUUAGUCCUUUCGUGAGUUUUUGGUGACGAAUGAUUGCUCUGAGCUUCAAGGUCCUUUCCGUUCAAGUGCUCUAAUCGACUUGAAUGCAUCGUCAGCAUGCCAGUGCUAAAACUAUUCCUGCCUUUUGUUAACAGGCUGAGAGAGUUUCUCUUUUCUCUUGUUCUGUAAAAAGUAGAAUUUGAUAUGCUUGAUCUACAUUAUGACACUCUAGAUUUAUCUACGUUCAUUCCUCUAGCUGAAAAUCAUAUUAGCUAGACAUAUUCCUAUCUCGGGUAUAACAUUUUAACUUUCACUCGUCAUUUUCAUUGAGUUUUUUGAGUAAAUGUUGAAAAAACUAGAAUUCGUGACCGGAAACAUCUUCCUUUUCGAAGCUAGAUGACUCAAACUGGUUUCUAUUCUUUAGCUUUACCGAUGCCGAUGCUAUGUUUUAAGUGGCUGUAGAGUGUAGAGAAGAGAUUUAAGUAGUUGGUUUGAAAAGCUGUCAACCAGGUUUAAGUGACCUUGUAAUCACUUCAUUCAAAAAGAAAGACAGAUUAUGCAUUUUUAGCCGCACACUCACGAAAAGAAAGAAAUCCCAAAAUGACUGCGUAUGACUUAAUUCCGUUGUCACACCACGACUAUCAAGUGCUGUUCGAGAACAGCCCUGUAUCACAGGAAAAAUAAGCGAAUCUCUUUAAAUUGGGGUUAAUCCUGGUUCAAAUCUGGGUCUAGUUUGGAAAUAAACUUGGCAACUACACCAUUCCCAAAACAAUAGUUAGUCAAGUUGGAAAAUGGGAAUAUCUCCAAAGUUAUUACAUAACCGUGAUCAGAUGUAUGGAAUUAUGAAGUUCGCAAGAUGUAUUUGUCCCGAAUGUAGCGUCUAAUUUUUGGAGUAUGUUUUCUCCAAUUGAUCCCGAAAAAGUUCCAUGAACAAUUUAUUCAAAGCUGUUAAGAGAUAGGUGUAAUAUUUCUUGUUAUUAAUUUAUCGAAGGGCGUGCAUCAAAUUAAAGAUAACAACCCCUUAUUAAGGUAUUUUAAUCGGUUUUCAUUCUUAUUUCGGGCCUGGUAAGUGAAAGUUAAAGCACAGUUGAUUAGUGACCUGUCACCCCUUAUCAGCUCCAUUAUGUAGGUCGAAGUACUCAAUAAUCACCUUAAAAAACUCAUCAAGAAGGUAGAUAGUGUAUUUAGUAACUUACACUUAACACAUUAGGAAUAUUGCUUAAGCGCAAGCCAUUCUUGGACAAAUGGUGAUGAAAUCUUCACGAACUUACUCUCGAACUCUUUUGAGAUCCAUACAUCAAAUAAACUGAUUUAUUCAUGCUGUUAAUGAUUACGGACCAGGCUUCUAAAUGACCUCAUAGUUAAACAUUGCACCUUUGAUUUCUAAAGCGCUUCAGCACAAAAGUCAAUUAGUAAGUUUUCACGAGCUAUCACUGACCCGUCUCCACCGUCUCUAUACUGUUGUAUGCAAUAUAGAAAUUUUAAAGACCUUUCAGGUUCACUGUGCACAAAACGUGGCGCGGGAUUGUGCGCUGAAGGAAGGCUCAUAUCAACCAUGGUUCCGUUUACAGUUUUGUUUGUUUUUCGGACGAUCGAGCCGGAAUGUGCACAAUCAUUCUUUUACGGUACUAAACGCAACCUCGAAGUUCUUAGACAUGUAAACUGAAUUGAUAAUUAGUGCCAAAGAACGUUCAGAAGUCAGUCUUAUUCUGCCGGUUGUGUGUUAUGGCAGGUCUGGUAUCAAAAGUUGUAAAACAGAAAUUCUUCGACAGAGCUUUGGAGUGAAUGUGGUUCGGCAAACCAAAAAAAGCAUAUUUUCAGUACUUUAAAAAUAAAACGAACCUGUCUUUCUGACGUAGAUAAGCAGGUGAACACGUAAGACCUCACGUAACGUAUAUUGAAACGAAAUAUCACUACUGACCAGGUAUUUCGCCCCGGAUCGGUCAAGCUAUGAAGCUGAGAACUUCAAAUUAUGAAUAUUAUUUCCGUUCAAAAACCCACAGCCAUCUGCUGUCGAGUCAAAAAAACGCCUUCCGUUUAGCUCAGUUGGAGGAACGUGCGUGUGCUGAGUGGGAGGCCGGGGAUGUCACUGCCCAAUGCGGCGAUCACGUGGACUGAGACAAAGUUUCAUCACCGCUAGCAUGUUCCCACGAGUUUUUUUUAAAGGUUCAGCCAACUCACUUUCUGACUAUCCAUGGUUACAUUUAGCCGUUAGUCUCGUCUCCCUCAUCCUUGUCCAUUAAAAAAGACUGAGAGCAAUUCAAAGAAAUGACGCAAGUAACUCCCUUGUGUCCAUGCAACGGCGUGUUCACAGGCCCGUUUGAUUUAGGAUCGACUUUCCGCAAAUUUUUACUACCAAAAUAACUCCUACAUAUCAGUCAGUAAUAGUGGAGACCAGGAAAUAGUAUCUCUGGCCCGAUCUGAUGUUUUGAUGACAUUUGCUUCUCUCCUUUCCACUGAUACGGUGGAACCUCGAUAUAACGAACCUCCUAUAACGAAGUCCUCGUUACAAUAAACGGCGAUAUUAUUUGCCCCCGUAAUAUUAAAAUAUAUGGAAAAGAACCUCGAUAUAACGAAACCUCGUUAUAGCGAACAUAUUCUAUCAGUGAUGUCCACUUCCUUUUAAUGUAACAGGAGACUGCCCUGCCUCAGUUCAUCCGUUAGAAGGGAGGUGCAAAAUCGACUGUUUGUCAGACAAUCACUGUCAACGUUGGCAAUACUGCUGUAAAACUGGCUGCUGGCAAACGUGUGGUAAGGAGUAAAUAAUCGUGAACGAACAAGACCGUUUAGUUUAAGCUUGUACAUAGUUCUAUGGAUAUUAUUCAAGUCGAGAAGACACAGUGAAGGAGAUGUAUAAAAUUAUUUUCGUUACCAUAGUCCUUAGAAUGAGAAUUAUUCUAAAAACUUAGAUUUCCCAUAAGCGACCACAGGAGAGAGGAGAGGUAUGGAAAGGCUUGUUGAAAAGGGCGUGGCUUGGCUUUGAUAGAUUGUGCUCGGCAAAGUAGCAUAAUAUGCUACUAGCAAUGCUCACAUAUUUCUAAAAUUAUGACAAUAAUUAUAUAUGCUAGUUUUUGCAAAUUAUGCUCAUUUUUGCAAAAAUGCAGAAAUUAUGCUUCUGCGUUUAGCUUUAAAUUUGGUAAAAACACCUCUGUCAAUAACUAUGCAACAAACAAGUAAAUGAAUGUGACAAUAAGCAGACCCAAAAAAUGAUUUCUGAACUUAAAUUUGCCUGUAACACAAAUCUCGGGCCAAAAUUGGUUGCAUGAUCAAUAAAUGACAAUUUUGACAAAAAUGCUCUUAGUGUGUUUUUUUUUUCGGAAAUACACGCAAUUGUGCUUGUCAUGACGAAUUAUGCCAAACAUUAUGCUAGCACAAUCGAUCUAACCAGAGAUCUGGGAUUCUUUUUCCCCCUCGUCUCCCAAACAAAAAGGCCGAAAGAAGGAGCACCUGAUCAAAGGUUACAAUCUAUCAAAGCCUAGGCGUGCCUCAGCUGUCUUAAACCUUUCACUGCCAAAUGUAGUUAAAGGCAAAUUUCAAACAUUUCCAAAUUUCAUUUUCUAACAUUUUGAAAAACAAAACGUACCAUGUGAAAGUACAGGCAGGGAGCUUUCACUUGAAUGGUCACAUCGUAGGAAUUUCGUCCACAAACGCAAAAGUUACAAUCACCUUUCAAAACUCGAUCAAGCACUCUGGAAGUGAAAGGGUUAAAGAAACUACAGUAAAACAGGCAGCCUAUUCCCGGAACCUCAGUUAAGAGCUGUAGAGAUUUAAAUUGCGCGAACGAUGUUGAAAUCGAAUGCUGCUUCACGAAGGUGUUUUGUUUUCUUGGUAUACAUUUCUUUUACUCACGAUAACGAUAUCUGUGAUGGGAGCUUCGAGUCCUAACUUCCCUAAAUGAGACAAAAAUAUGCAAAUUACACCCAUAAGCGCGCCCCUGUUUCUUUCAUAUGGGGAAGUUGUCUCUUUUUAGGGAUUCGAACUGUGGUACUUUGACUUAAAAUACUUACUGAUUCUGGUAUUUUGGAUGGGUGGCGUGAUCCCCAGCUAUCAUGGGUGGUCGCACCAGUUUGAGGUUUAAGUGUAUUUACACUGAUCCUUCUAUUUUGUUGAUUCUAACGGUGGUGCUUUGACUUUAAAUACUGAUAAUGGUAUUUUGGAUGGGUUGUCCCCAGCUAUUAUGGAUUGUUGCACCAGUUCGAGGUUCAAGUGUACUAACACUGAUCCUGCGUUUUAAUUGAUAGCAAAUUAUACAAAGUGCCAGCUACAAAAGAUUAAGUCGUCAAUACUGAGAAGUCCGUUCACUCCUACCUGCAAGGCGGACGGAAGCUAUCAGGAAAUCCAGUGCAUCACGACACCAAGCUUAAAGUGCUGGAGAGUGGACCAAGAAGGCAGGAAGAUUCAGGAUGUAGACGUUACAAUCCAACAUGAUGCUCCUAUUCGACAAUCAGAUGCAAGAGUAGGGCAGAGGAUUGGGCGAUUUUUCAGUAUGGAAGAUGAUGAAAUAGGUAGUUUGCACAGACAACUUUAGUUUUGGGGUAAACAAUUAAAGAUUCAAGUUGGCUACUACAAUGGCUUAAACUCGUUUUUUUUUUCGUGUCUAAAACAGGUUUUCCGCACACUUCUUGGCAUUUGUUCUGAAUUCAAUCUUUUAUCAGCUCCGCCGUAAAAGUACGAAGGGAAGGAGACCAAACAACUAAAUGGGGAAAUUAAACUAGGCAAUUAGAACGUACUUAAAUUCAUUUUAAAAAUGGGUGACAGGGACACCUUAGCAGCCGAGGGCAAUUACCGUGGACCCCCGGGGGUACUCCCUUAUAAUGGCCUAGACAGGGAGGCUCCGCCCGAAAAGGGUACCUUUUUCGGGCUUCACGUUUUUGAAGGGUUGGGAUUUCAUUAGUUGAAGUAUAUGAAAACUGAGUAGGGAAAUCUGUCAUUGCGGUCUGCAAAAGAACCUAACAGAGUUAACAGAUGAAUUUGAUGGCUGUCGGAAAGACAAGAAAACUUUCUGGUUUAUUGAUUUAUUCAUAUUUAAGAGACUGUGCAUAAACAGCAGUUAAAAGGGAUGCAGCGUUCUAACCUAGAUAUUUGAAAGGGGUACCAUUUGUCAAUAAAAGGUAUACAAAAGGGGCACCCUUUCCGUUAAAAAAAAGUUAUAUGAAGGGUAAGGGGUUGGACCUCGGGCUGGAGUCUCCUCGUAUAAAAUUUUGAAGAGUACCCACCCUGGGCUACGGGCUCUCUUUCAAAUUAUUUUUAUUGUACCUUAGGCAACCCGACGCAAUGACGAAGGCAAAAAAACAAUUUUCUUAAAGGUACCCCCUGCAAAACAACCUGACCUUUAGCAAAGAAGGCGAGAACUUACGUCGAUGUCUAUUGCAGUUGGAGUACUGGGUCAAGAUGUCAGCACCAAAAUUAGCGCUUCUUUACGAUACCUUUAUUCCGAGAUUCCAAAUUUUCCCUUCGGCAGGUACAAAUGAUAAAUUGAUUUAGAUUUUAUGAAAGAUAAGAUUUUCUACGCCUUGCUUCAGCUCUUCAGCUCUCACAAGUCUUAAAAGAAUGGGCGCAGAGAUGUAUUUUGUGUGUGUGUGUGUGUGUUACAAUAUGGAAGGAUAACAUUAAUUACAUAAAUGCUCCCAAAAUAAUUCAACGCCUAAUCGUCGCAGCUUUUAGUAAAACGCCUUAACCCUUUGAACAGCUUUCUCUUACUAAGCCAAAAGUUUUAGACUUCCACAAACUGUCAAAAAGGUAAAAACACAAAUGGGAACAUUACAAAAAAUACUCACGUUCACUGCACAACCGGAGUUGUACCGAAAUGGCGUCCCGAAUGCCGUAAUGUGGACGUGAAGGCAUGCGCAGUAACACUGAAUGUUGAUUUCGGUCGUUCCAGUUCUCUAUGAUAGAUCGAUAAAGGUCCAUGUUGUUACAGGAGGUCGUGGACACGCGACGACAAAUGGUUUUCUCAAAUUUGAUCGGACGCGGUCGCUAACAAUUCAAAUCCAGGAAAAUUUGCCACCGUUUGGCAAAUUAUUUAAGAUAACCUGUUUUAGCGACACACCCGUUGCCGUCGUAGUUGCCGAAGCUCCCUUUUCUUUCGCAUACAAAUUUAUAUCUACAAUCUAAAAUAUAUACUUUAAUUGGGUUAUUAUUAUGUUUUUCAGAAGAGAACGAUAGAACGCAAGGGAAAACGAAGUGCCAGAGAGCUCGUGAACGCAGACUUCAAAGACGAAAAACACGAUCGACCGUGUUUGUGCCAAAGUGCAAAGCAAACGGGCAGUUUAGAGCGACACAGUGUCACAAAAGAACGAAGACCUGCUGGUGCGUCUACGAAGAUGGAACGGAAAUUCCCGAGACAAGAGUGAAAAAACCGGAGAGACCAAAUUGCAAAUUAAGUAAGUGAAUGGACACGUUGCGUGUUAUCGCAGACGAGAAGAAUACUUUUUCUCAAUUUUAAAACCUGUGGACAACGGAAAAGAUGAUAUUGUGAAUUUUUAUUGAAAGAACACUUGAAGGUGGAGAAGUACUGUCACGACCUCUGAUCCUCUGCUUCAAUAUUGGUUUCAGUUUCAGGUGAUUGUGGACUACGUUUCUCGCUUUACAGAAAACAAAGCACACGUCGCUCGCGUAGGGUUGUGGGUGGUCGUCAGAGUGUGGCCAAUUCCUGGCCGUGGAUGGUUGCUCUUUUCUUCAACAAAACGAACUUCCGCUGCGGAGGAUCGAUCAUUAAACCUUCCUGGAUCAUAACUGCUGCCCAUUGUUUUAGUAAGUCACAAAGCUGAGUAGUGGGACUCGUCAAGAUUCCUUAGGAUUCUCUUUUAUUGUAGGGUGCUUGCAUCUUCAUUUGACGUUUUCAAACAAUAUCAAAUUGGCCUUAGCGUGACCAAUGAUUAACCGGUUGUUAACCGGUUGUUAACGGGAGUUAAGUUACUUGUCGCAAAACAAGUUUGCCUCGGGCCAGUAAAACGCGCAACAUGUACAGAUUUUGAAAAACAAAAGUAGAGCUACUCUCUACUUUCUGUAACAACUUUUCGCAACCUUUAACAAGCUGAUUUGUUGCAAGAGAGGUUUGAUUCAUUGGUGGUAAAACGCGCAUCAACUCGUUUUGCAGCAACAUUGCAAAACAAGUAGCACUUUUUUGCUGCCCGUUUUACCCUACCUUAAGUAUUGCCUCAGCCAAUUAUCAGUGACUUGUCAGGAUGACUAGUGAUAGCUAAACUAAACAGUAAAAGUAUCAGAUUCAACUGGUUCUAUUCUUCGUCUGGGUAGUUUAUCUGGAAUCAUCAUAACGGUGUUGCUUCGCCCCAUGUAAGGGAAACCAAGACAAGACAUGGGGCGAGUUGUCUACCCAACGGUGGCAAUUGAGACUGUAAAUACGUAGUGUAACAGACUUUAGUCCACUUGGAAGAACAUUUAUGAACUGUUCUCGUCUUCGUCUUCUUCAAGGUGACUCUACUUCGAAGAAUCCGGCGGAUUGGACCGUGCGGGUUGGAGAACAUUCAUUUAAGAGCAAAGAAGAAAAAGAGAAAAGGCUUGGUGUCAGACAGAUCAUCAUUCACCCGGGAUACAAGCGGAGUAACUCCUCUCAUCCUGGCGACAAUGAUAUAGGUAUGACCAAAAAAAUUAUUUAUCUCAUUACACAGUAAUGCGUGGAUUUGUAGCUGAUACAAGUUAUUGCCAAAAUGUCCGUCAAUCUUGUUUGUCUAAACAACACAAGUCAGUAGAAAUUUGGGGUAUGAACGUGAAUCCAGUGGUUAGAUUUUGUGACUUUGGCAACUCGUGACAAAUUUAAAUCCCGACUUAAUAUUUACUCUGUCAUUAAAGGGAGCAAGUCGUGGGUAAGUAAGGUAGUGCAUCAGGGAGAAGAAUUAUAAGAGGCUAGAGUGCAGAUAAUGAUGUACCACGAAGCUCUUUGUAGCAAACGAUGGUAGCCAAAGGGAGGUUUGACUUAACAGUAACUUAUCUUUUUUCACUAAUCAGCUCUGGUGCGCCUGUCCAGUUCGAUAAGAUUCGGAUCGCUCGUCAACCAAAUCUGCCUACCUCCUAGUUUUGCAUACUUUAAACCUGGUCUACGCUGCACGGUUACUGGCUGGGGUCACACCUCUUGGAACGGAACAAUGUCACAUGUCUUAAGAGAGGGCUGGAUCGAUCUGGUAUCAAAACCCGUCUGCAAUUCAGAACGGUCAGUAGUCUCCUCAACCUAUUCGCUUCAAGCCGUCACGUUAUGGCGAGAUCAAUAUUUUGUCACUCUUAUUUUUAAAUCCGUGGACGAAGUCCUAUUGUGUGACCAUUUAAAUAAAACCUCUUGGGCAGAAAUUUUUGAUAAUAUUAUUUAUUUCUUAUUAUUUAUUUUUGCAUAGUAUUAUUUUUAUUUUAUGAAGAGCCAGCUUGAUGGGACACAUUUCUAGGAAAUAUGGCAAGAAAAUUACGCAGUCAUUUUUCCAACCAUCUAACAGAUUGGUUCACACACCUGAUUUUCUUUAAAAUAAGGAAAUAACAAACGUCUCGGGUUGAGUUGUGUGGCUCUUGCACAAUGUACAGGAACACCACGUACAGGCUUGGCAGGCUUCGUGACCAGGAAAUUUAAAUGUAAUUUUUCAACGCUCAUUAGGGCAAAAAUGAACUGGUUAACCAAACCAUUAUUGGGCUUGAAUCUGAUAUUGAACACUUUUUACGGAAAGUAAGUUAAUGCAUUAAUUGUGUCAGUAACAAAAUUCUCAAAUCUGAUUGGUUCUCGGCAACCCUCAUUUGCUGAUGCAGUACCAAACUUUCUAAUUAUAUUUGACUUGUCCGAUUAGAAGCUGCUUGUAAUCGGACAGUUGAAUAGCCAAUGAAAAUCAAACAUGAAAUGUUGCUAACCGAUAAGAUUUAACAAAUUAGUCCAUGCAAGCAAAUCAAACCAGCGAAAAAAACUUCGGUGACCCAGUUAUCCAGUUUCAGUUUAACACAUUUAAUUUGAAAAAAAAAAUGUAUUUAAAACAUGUUGAAAAAAUUUCACGCAGUUGGAACUCCAUAUUCCGAUGUUUUAACUUGGUGUAAUACGACUUUGUGUCGUACAUUUCAAAGUAAUCGGCCACGUGGUUUCAAAUCGUCUUCGUGCUACAAGCGCACUCGCUCGGCCGAUUUGAAAUUACCAGCCUGAUUACUGCCUGAAUUGUACUUCACUCAGUCCUAUUCCCAUUACUAAUCAAAGAUAUUCCCUAAUUGUCAAUCAUUGUUUUCGAUAGCUCAUACAAUGGGACAAUAGGACCAAAUUUCCUGUGCGCCGGUUUCAAAGAAGGACGAACUGAUGCAUGCUUAUAUGACAGUGGAGGACCUCUGAACUGUCCAGAGCCAAACGGACGAUGGAUUCUUGCAGGCAUUGUCAGCUGGGGAGAAAGGUGUGCUUUGCCACACAAGUAUGGAGUGUACACGAAUGUUCACCGGUAUACUCCGUGGAUUACAGAAACCUUAAAAUUGGAUAGAUAAACUGGUGAAGACCAUAAUUAAACAGCAUCGAAGAAGGGCUGGGCUGCACUGUUCUUGACGAUUCUGUCCAUGAAUCGCUUAAAGAGCGUCUCGGGGCAAUCAAAGAAAAUCAUGACGCAUGUCCCCGCCAUAGCAUAAGCCUAAGAUUUCAGUUAAUCAUGUAUUGUGUCAGACUGCAGAAUUUGCUUUUUAACUAAUUUUGCUGGUCUUAAAUCGAAUUGAUUGCUCUCAGAAGAGUGUGAAUCAGUGAUCUACGCUUACAACUGAAAACAAUAGUUAUAGCAGGUAGCCAAAAUUUCAUCGAAAUAUACGUCGACUGACCGUAAUUAGCCUGUUCACAGACCCUCGAAUUGUCGAAAAAGAAAAACGUUUGUGGACGGGCUAGACCUUAAUGAUCUAGAAACCUCUUCGUCUUUUGCCAUUUUAUUUCAUAGAGUCAAACGAGGUAUCGAAGCUAUUGCGUCGAAAUAUUUUGUCAUUAACAGGAUCGCCAGAUACGGUGUGAUCAAACCCCGUUUUGGCAAAGGACAAUUAUUACUAUUACGAUAUUUAAAGUUCUGAUACAUGAUUGCUGCAUGUAGUGAUUCAUAAAUCUGUAAAUAGUAGAGAAAAAGUAUGUACAGAAUUAGAGAGGAUAGACAAAGGCUCUUAGAGGCUAAUUUAAGUGUAUCAGUAUCGACAAUUUGAUGUCAAAUAUCGAGAUACAUGGAUUAAGGACGUUACUAUUCAGAACUGAUCGAUUUAACAGUCCAGCUAGAAACUGGUCUUAUGGCCAGUCAAGCUUUGUUAUCCCAGCGUGAAGUACAAAGGCUGGAAUCAUCAAAGUUCUGUUUCGUCGUCUUGACUAAGGUAUCUUUAAAAUCUGUUGGAUUGAGAUUAUAUUCAUAUUUAUAGAGUUAUAUGUUUAUAAAGAGUGUUCCUUGACGUACAUUCUCUUCAAAAUAAGUGUAAACAUACAUGUAAAUAAUUUUUCUGUUGCCAUAAUUAUGCCAGCAACGUAAAUGAAAACAAUCGGGAAAAGCAUUACUUUAUCGUUUUACCGACGUUCUUUCUGUGGGAACAAUAAAAAAGAGACCUUUCUUUCUAAUCUACUUGCGUAUAUGUAAGGAACACAGGUUGUUGGUUGCAGACAGUCUAAGAGCCUAUUUAAGUUCAGUUCUUUUUUUCAUUGGUAAAAGAGUGAAAAAGACGAAGAAAAAAAAAGCUUGAAUUAAUUUGCAUUUGUGUGUAGCUUGCGAGCAAGCUCUCCCAGGAGUGCGCUCGCGCCAGGGAAAAAAAAUUUAGAGGGCCAAUUUUCUAUUCGAUCCUCCGCACCUACCACGCCCGAGAAAGCUUGCUCGUAGGCUAAUUUGUAUGAUGGCAACCUCUCUUUUUAAUAUCAUUAAUUAAACUACAAAAGAAAUGUAAUCUUAACAAACUCUAUACACAGAUCUUUUUAUGCUUUUGUAAUCAUACUGAAUGCACUCGUUUAAGCGUUACACGUUUGCGUUUGUUGUUCUAAGGAACUUGAUGUAAAUUAGGAUGCGUUUCUUUGGGGGAAUCCAAAACGGGAUUCUUGAAUCCAAAGAUCAGUCCGUUUUGCGUAUCUUUGGAAAAAUAACAAACGGAUUUGGACCUCAUAAAGAAUCUACACACCGAAUGGAUUCAACAGAUCAAAUGUAACCGAUUCAUGAUCCUUGGGUUUCUUUGGACACGGUCUGAAAAAGUAAACUCUAGGGCAAGAAUUAAAUGUUGGAUUCUCAAAAGGAAACGAACCCUAAUAUUAAGACCCGUUUCAAACGUCAAACUUCACAUGCGCCGACUAAUGCAAAUGAGAGAGAACAAUAGAUUUUCUUCAUUACCAUUAAAUUUGGCCCCUGUAAAGGCCGGCGUUUGAAACGGGCCUUUAAGCAUGUUUCGCUUGUUUCACAUGUUCAUAUUUACAUUUUUUGUCACUUUUGAAAAUGCAAUUGAAAACAAAUGUGUUGCCAUAAACUCUCAGUUACAUAAAGAAUUAACGCGAUGAAAGAUGUACAAUAUAGCUAUAUUUAAGCCGAUCCAAGUUUAUCUAGGAUUAAGUAGUUAACGCAUGUAUAACGUCGCUAAUCACAUCGGCAGAAAGCUGAUAGAAAACUGCUGCGAUAUUUAACUGAAAGUGGUUACCACCGCAUGUUACUGUUGCUACAAUACAGCGUUGGAAACAGUUGUAGAUCAGUCUGUGACCAUAAGUUGAGACAAUAAAUAAGGCCAGGCGCAAACUGUCGUACUUCAUGCGGUUUCCCAAGACGGGGACAUUAAGACUGAGAUACACAAUUUACGUGGUUACGGUUAUGGAGAAUUUACAUUUACGGCGGAAUCGAG